GGGAACGGGGGGACAAAAUGCACAAUCAAGUGGGAGCGGGUCGGGUUUGAUUUCUCAGUCACCAACCCAAUUACAGACGUGAGACCACCCGGUAUUUCUCCUACCAUUAUCCUCCCCAUCGAUCACACCACCACCACCGGAAAACCCUUCAUUCCUGGCGAAUCGCUAAUUCAAAACCCUAAAAUCAUCCCUAAAUUCCCACCCCAACCCUAACUAAUCGUCAUUCACAAAGCAAGCUCCAUUCAAAUCCCGCUGUUCCAUUCCUCAAUUCGAUAAUCCGAUCAUCAAAUUGUUGAAUCAAGAUGGUGUUAGCACAAUUAGGGGGGAGCAUAUCACGUGCUCUCCAGCAAAUGAGCAAUGCCACAAUCAUUGAUGAGAAAGUUCUCAACGAAUGCCUCAAUGAAAUUACACGUGCCCUUCUUCAAGCUGAUGUUCAGUUUAAGCUUGUCCGUGAUAUGACUACCAAUAUCAAGAAAAUUGUUAAUCUCGAUGAUCUUGCUGCUGGGCACAACAAGCGUAGGAUUAUUCAACAGGCGGUCUUUAAUGAGCUCUGCAAGAUAUUGGAUCCUGGGAAGCCUUCUUUUACACCAAAAAAGGGGAAACCUAGUGUUGUCAUGUUUGUUGGUUUGCAAGGGUCUGGAAAGACAACAACAUGCACAAAGUAUGCAUACUACCACCAGAAAAAAGGUUGGAAACCAGCUUUAGUAUGUGCAGAUACAUUCAGAGCUGGUGCUUUCGAUCAAUUGAAGCAGAAUGCAACAAAAGCCAAGAUACCCUUUUAUGGAAGCUAUACGGAGUCAGACCCUGUGAGAAUAGCAGCUGAAGGUGUUGAGACAUUUAAGAAGGAAAAUUGUGAUCUAAUAAUUGUUGAUACCAGUGGGCGCCACAAACAAGAAGCUGCUCUUUUUGAAGAAAUGCGACAAGUUUCUGAAGCAACGAAACCAGAUCUUGUGAUAUUUGUUAUGGAUAGCAGUAUUGGUCAAGCUGCGUUUGAUCAAGCUCAAGCAUUUAAGCAAAGUGUCGCAGUUGGAGCUGUGAUUGUUACUAAGAUGGAUGGUCAUGCAAAAGGAGGUGGUGCCCUUAGUGCAGUUGCUGCAACAAAAAGUCCCGUCAUAUUUAUUGGAACUGGUGAACACAUGGACGAGUUUGAAAUUUUCGAUGUUAAGCCAUUUGUCAGCCGUCUUUUAGGCAUGGGUGACUGGUCUGGGUUCAUGGACAAGAUACAUGAAGUUGUCCCGAUGGAUCAACAGCCUGAGCUUCUUCAGAAGUUAUCGGAAGGACACUUUACCUUGAGGAUAAUGUAUGAGCAAUUUCAAAACAUACUUAAAAUGGGUCCCAUUGGCCAGGUCUUCUCAAUGCUUCCAGGAUUCAGUGCAGAGUUGAUGCCAAAAGGCCGUGAAAAGGAAAGCCAGGCAAAAAUUAAACGAUACAUGACAAUGAUGGAUUCAAUGACUAAUGAAGAAUUGGAUAGUUCCAACCCAAAGCUUAUGACAGAAUCCCGAAUUAUGCGGAUAGCUAGGGGCUCCGGUCGCCAAGUGCAUGAGGUCAUGGAAAUGAUGGAGGAAUACAAACGACUGGCGAAGAUAUGGAGUAAGAUGAAGGGGCUUAAGAUUCCAAAGAAGGGAGAGAUGAGUGCCUUGUCUCGAAAUAUGAAUGCGCAACACAUGAGCAAAGUCCUGCCCCCUCAGAUGUUGAAGCAAAUAGGUGGCAUGGGUGGUUUGCAAAACUUGAUGAAGCAAAUGGGCGGAAUGGGUGGAAUGGGUUCCGCUAAGGACAUGAUGGGUAUGUUUGGUGGUGGAGACAAGUAAUAUAUGAUUACAUCAAAGCACAUUUUUACUGGAAAAGCAUCUUAACCCCGGAGCUUCCUCUUGCCCUUUGUAUUAUUGGCCAUAGAUUUUGGAAUUUUGGAAUUAUUGGAAGCAGAUCAUGUCAAUAGAAGGAAUUUCUUAUGAGUUUGCUGCU